AGAAUAGCAUCUCCUGACUUUGUUCUGCUUUUGAGCCCCUUCCCUUCCAAGACAUUCCAACUGACCACUUGUUCACCCUGCCGUCAUUCAUGUUUGUGCUUCCUGUGCCCAGCUCACUGCUUCUCGCUUACUUUGCCCAAACGGGGUUUGUUGAGCCCGUUUCCUUGCCAGUAAACCAGGAAUGCCAGGCUGAAUGUCCUCAAAGGUUCUCGUGCCAUCCCAGAGUUGUGUGAUAACAGGAUUCCCUGCUAGUCUGCCUCCCUGCAAAGAUAUAGAAUGUGUAUCUUUUCUGCUAGCAGCACAAAGGGUGCAUUUGUACAGCAGAAAUGUUGAAUACAGUGUAUUAUUGCUGGCAGUUGUACUGGUUGCAGCACAGGGCGUGGAGUUUCUCUGAGACAAACAUGGGAAUGCCCAGAGAUAAUGUGAGCAGUAUCUCCAAAGUCCAGGGUGAGUCAUGCGGUAGAUACUGUUGGAAUAUCUAGCCCGGCCUCCUUGCAGACAUAUUCAUUGCCUUUUGGGCAGGAGGCUGAGCUGGCUGCCAGUGCUGGUCUGCUCCCUGAUUUGUUGUGUGGCUGUUGGUAGAACAUCAUGACAUGAAUACCUUAAGCCUGCCCCUGAACAUACGCCGUGGGGGGUCAGACACCAACCUCAACUUUGAUGUUCCAGAUGGCAUCCUGGACUUCCACAAAGUCAAACUCAGUGCAGACAGCCUGAAACAAAAAAUCCUAAAGGUCACAGAGCAGAUAAAAAUUGAGCAAACUUCCCGCGACGGGAAUGUUGCAGAAUAUCUGAAACUGGUCAACAGUGCAGACAAGCAGCAGGCUGGACGAAUCAAACAAGUCUUUGAAAAGAAGAAUCAGAAGUCAGCUCACUCCAUCGCCCAGCUGCAGAAGAAGUUAGAACAGUAUCACAGAAAGCUCAAGGAGAUCGAACAAAACGGAGCCUCCAGAAGCUCAAAGGAUGUUUCCAAAGACAACCUGAAGGACAUACAGCACUCUCUGAAAGAUGCCCAGGCGAAAUCGCGAACUGCUCCCCACGGCAUGGAGGGCAGUAAAUCGGGCAUGCCAGGGGUAUCCCUCACUCCACCUGUGUUUGUUUUCAACAAGUCCAGAGAGUUUGCCAACUUGAUCCGUAAUAAAUUUGGCAGCGCCGACAACAUCGCUCACCUAAAAAAUUCCUUAGAUGAAUUUAGGCCCGAGGCGAGCGCCAGGGUCUACGGGGGCAGCGCUACCAUCGUGAACAAGCCCAAGUACGGCAGUGAUGACGAGUGUUCCAGUGGCACGUCGGGCUCUGCUGACAGUAACGGGCACCAGUCCUUCGGGGCGGGCGGGACGGGCACGCUGGACAGCCAGGGGAAGCUCACCAUGAUCCUGGAGGAGCUGCAGGAGAUCAAGGACACUCAGGCACAGCUGGCCGAGGACAUCGAGGCGCUGAAGGUGCAGUUUAAGAGGGAAUACGGUUUUAUUUCCCAGACCCUGCAAGAGGAGAGAUACAGGUACGAACGAUUGGAAGACCAGCUCCAUGACCUGACGGAUCUGCAUCAGCACGAGACGGCCAACUUGAAACAGGAGCUGGCCAGCAUCGAGGAGAAGGUUGCCUACCAGGCCUACGAGCGGUCCCGGGACAUCCAGGAAGCAUUGGAAUCCUGCCAGACCCGCAUUUCUAAACUGGAGCUCCAUCAGCAAGAGCAGCAAGCUCUGCAGACAGACACGGUGAAUGCCAAGGUCCUCCUGGGGAAGUGCAUAAACGUGGUCCUGGCCUUCAUGACUGUGAUUCUCGUGUGUGUGUCCACGAUCGCAAAGUUCAUCUCGCCCAUGAUGAAGAGCCGCUUCCACAUCCUGGGCACCUUCUUCGCUGUGACUCUUCUUGCGAUAUUUUGUAAAAACUGGGACCCUAUUCUGUGUGCCAUAGAAAGGAUAAUAAUACCGAGAUGAAGCCACUGUUUCCUAUCUUCAAGUUCUUUCCAGUUUUUAUUUUAAUGAAAUCUUUGUGCAUACUACCAGAUUUUUAAAUGAAUGGUUGUGUCUGCUGAAGAUGACCAGAAGGACUGGAGCUGUGUGGUGUGAAUAACUCCACUUCUCUAACUCUGUAGCAUUGCUGAUUCAGCCCCUGUUGUCCUCGGUCCCCGUGCAUCUGUUUCAGAGUUCUGCCCACACUGCUCACUGCCUUAAUCAGAUCAGAUUUCCUGCCCACCUGACUAGCCCAGCAGGUGAACCUCUGUGUAUUGAGCAGUUGGCAUAAUUAGUGACCCAGAAGGAAAGGGUUUUUAAUUGCUCUCUUUCUCUUAAGUUUGGUUUCACGAUUGCUAGUGGUUGCAUUUUCCCUGAGUCUCAUAAACAGCAAGGAUAUGGCAUCCUUUGGGGAAAUGAAGAGGCAAGGAGGAGGCGAUGGUGAACGCCUGUGACCUCUUGAAGUACAGUCAAUCCCUGUGUAAUCCCUCCCACCUGUCCACGGAAGACUGUAGGUCCCAUUGUCCACAGUAGUCGAUUGUGUGUGACUCGCUGUAGCAUGGGGAUCUCAUAGCACUCCUGUUUGUCUGACAGAAAUCUAACCUAGGGCUUCUGUUGCACUUUUAAUGGCCAGAAACAUGGAUUUAUGAAUGGAGCUUUCCCCUUAUACCCAGGGAACCACACACUUGUUUUCAACUUAACUGGCUGGUGAACCUGGCAUACAGAAAUGCUUCCAAAUCCCUCAUGAAACUGACUUUAACAUUAAUUUUGAGUCCUGUAAGCACUACUCCAGAGGCAAAAUCUUAAUCAUGAUAACCCCCCUUUGAGGAUAUGAUUCACUUUGUUAUUCACUUUAUUCACAGGUCUGUGAGGGAUUGCAAAGCUUACUCUGACAAAUGAAAACAAAUGAUGCUCCUGUUGCAGGGUUAUUUUUUUCUCCUUUGACAAAGACAACAGAAUCAUAGCUUUUAAAGCUAGAGUGCACUGAGGAAGUCAACACUGGAAGCAUGAGGAAAAUAUGACAUUUGGUUUAAUUGGGUUGUGGCUAGAUUAGUGGGAGUAAUUCAUGUGGAUGAAGAUUGAGAGGGCCCUCUUAGGGAUGUGAAGGACCAGCAGGGGUAAAAUAAAUUCAGUCUAGUAUUGAGCCAAGAUUACCAUCUGUCUCUUAUGAUCUUACUGAAAAUAAAAUUUCUAAGGAAUAGGAUGGCCACAUUUCCCCUGAGAUAAAAGCAUUCAAAAAACAACAUCUUUGGCCUGUUGGGGGAAUGCCACUCACUGUUUCCAGCCCAGAAGCUAUUUCCCUUAAAAUUUUUCUCUGUAUAUGUAACAAAAAAAAGACUUAGAAGGCUUUAAUGGAAACUGUGUUGUUCAGCCCCUCCUCUCCCCACCCCAACCAUUCUCUGAAGGUGUAUGGAGGCACUUUAGUGAACAUUUUAUUCAAAAAAAAACAUCAAAUCACCUGGAUUUAAAUUAAGUGCAAUAUUUUGCAAACAGCUGCUCUUAGGGAAAUCUCCUGAAAAAAAUGUGACAUAGUGUGCCACAGUUUGAGAGAAUGGAAUCGUUUAGCCUUUAGUACAAAUUGGGUGUGUCUGAGUCAUACAACUCAAGCUUUUGUUUUUAAAGUGUUCAAUUCAGUAGUUUUUAGUAUAGUCACAAAUGUGUGCAACCAUCACCACUGUCCAAUUCCAGUCUCGAGAUUUUUAAAAUAAUAAACAUCAUUUCCAUCAAA